AUGAAACUGAGUUUCAACAUUAACAUGCCAAGCUUGUGGCGAGAGUGCCUCUCCUCUGCGUUCCGAAUGGCCUUGGGGUGCACCAUAGUGGGUUGUGUCACCCUUUACGGUCCACUCUCCAUUCGCACCUUCAUAGCUUUCCCUGCAUUCUCAUACGUCACAGUGAUUCUCAUUAUGCAAAACAACGCCACUUUGGGAGACACCUUGCUUGGAUGCUGGCUCGCGCUUUAUGCCACCAUUCAGAGUAUUGGGCCUUCCAUGUUGAGCUUGUGGGUUAUUGGACCCAACCGGUUCUCUAAGGGCACCGUCGCUUUGGCGGUGGCGCUCGCUUCAUUUGUGGUGGUUCUGCCUUCAGCUGCGUCCACGCAUUUGGUAGCUAAACGCAUAUCAUUGGGUCAGAUUGUACUCGUUUACGUUACUGCUUAUGUCAAUGGUGUUCACACUGAUCCUCUCAUGCACCCUAUACGCUUGGCAGCAAGUACUGCCUUAGGUAUGAUGGCUUGCGUUCUGGCUUUGUUGCUUCCUUACCCACGUCUUGCAUGUUACGAGGUGAAUCAAUGGGACAAGCAAUUAACAAAUAAUAUCUUGAAGAGAUUGAAGGUUCUUGUAAAGGUAUUAUGCGAGGAGGACAAGACUUGUGCGCUCCGAUCUAUCUCUCAAGUCAAGUCUUUGGUAACUACGCGAACCAAACUCCUUUCUAUCAUCAUGCGCUACCAAGAUGGCAUGCAAUGGGAGAGAUUCCCAACUAAAAUUUUCAGAUCGCAUAGCUUGAGCCCAAUAGAGAGACUUCAAGAGGUGGAUAUGACUGUAAGAGGAAUGGAAUUGGCUUUGACUUGCACCAAUCCAUUCCCAAUCAACAUUCCCAAUGAAGAUCUUAGACAUGGUCUUAAUAGCCUUGAGGAGCAUAUUAGCCUAACCAUUAAACAUGCUAAACUUGGUGGGUCACCAACAGUCCCCGAAUCCAAUGCAAAAAGCAUAACUCAUAUUCUCCAAUCCCUUCAUACCAUCCCAACAACUCACCAAGAAUUACCCAUUUUUUUCUUCUUAUUUUGCGCCAAACUCCUCCACAAAAAAUCACUGACCGAACCUCCAACUUGUAUUCAAGACAUGCAAAUUAAGAAAAAAGAAAAUAUUCCUAAAGGUAAAGAAAAAUGGGCUAAUUGGGAUACAACACUAAGAAGUACGAAUCUUAUUCCAGCAAUUAAGCUCUCUCUCUCUUUGGGCCUUGCAGUAUUCAUGGGCUCAUUAUACAACAACAAAAAUGGGUUCUGGGCUGGGCUUCCAGUGGCUGUGAGCUAUGUUUCAGGAAGGGAAGCGACAUUUAGAGCAACAAAUGUUAAAGCUCAUGGGAGCGUCUUAGGAACUGUGUAUGGAGUGUUGGGUUGCUUCGUAUUUGAGAGAUUCUUGUCAAUUAGAUUCUUGUCUCUACUUCCAUGGUUCAUUUUCACCAGCUUCCUUCAGCGAAGCCGAAUGUAUGGGCCUGCUGGUGGCAUUUCUGCAGCAAUUGGGGCCAUUCUAGUUCUAGGUAGGAAAAAUUUUGGGCCACCUAGUGAGUUUGCUAUAACGAGAAUCAUCGAAACCUUUGUUGGGCUCUCAUGUUCUAUUUUUAUGGACCUCAUAUUCGUGCCCAGAAGAACCUCAACGUGGGCCAAAAUGAAACUUUCUCAAUGUUUGGCCACACUUAGUGAAUCAAUAGAAUCGUUGAGUCUAUUUGUUGGCAAAACCGAUUUGGAAAAUUGCCAAAAGAGGUUCAAAAUGCAAGUUAAUGAGCUUGGCAAGUUUGUUGCGGAAGCAAAAGUGGAACCCAAUUUUUGGUUUUUACCAUUUCAUAAUGUUUGCUAUGAUAACCUUUUGGGGUCAUUGUCACGAUUGGUGGAUCUCAUUUGUUUUGGAGAACAUGCAUUGAAGUUCCUCCAACAAGAAUUCCAAAGGGGUGUGGCUUGUGGGAAAGAGGAUGUGAACAUGCUACAAAGUGAACUUGGACACGUUAAGGAAAUUAUCUGCUCUUCAAUAAAAAGUCUUGAGGAGAUUUCUAGAAUGAAAUCACUAAUGCAUGUUGAGAAAGAGCUUGAGAAGAGGAAUAUCUCUAGUGAUAUAGAAGAUGGAAAGUCACCUGAGUGUGACACGUGCAUGGUUUCAGGUUUAGGUGAAGAUGGAAUUGGAGAAAUCAUAGGCUCUUAUCUGCAACGUUCAAGAAGUAUUGUUGAUAACUUGUAUGGUGAUGAAGAUGAUAAGGAGCUAAAGAGCCAAGUUGUUUUGUGUUUGAGUGCCUUGGGGUUCUGCUUGAGUGCAUGUAUAAAGGGCACCAUAGAAAUUGAAGAGGCAAUCCAGGAACUUGUUCAAUGGGAGAAUCCCUCUAGCCAGAUUAAUUUGUGUGAGAUAUCAUGUAAGCUACGUGCUUUUAACAAAUGA